AUGGACGGCUCGCAAGAACCAGCGCCUAUUCAGGCCAGUCUGGACAACCCUAGGAAGCGCGCCGCCAGCAGAUCUCCCUCAAUCCCUCCACCACAGGCUCAGCAGUUCAAGAGAUCUCGCUAUGAAGUCGAUAAUCAGGAUAUUAACGACCAUGUCAUGUUUCAACCAGCUCCUAUUCGAAGUAUUCUUCCAUCCGCUGCUCUUCUUGGGUAUAUAAAGGAGACUCAACCUCGCCCUUCGUACUUGGAACAAGUCAAUAACUGGCUCGAAGACACUUACCCUUCAGAUCUACGCAAGACAUCACGUUCAGACUGCUUCAUUCUAGACAAGGACUUCGAACCCAGACUCCUAGAAAGAUCUCAUUCUGCUCCAGCCAUUAUGUCAGGUAGAAAGAACCUCACCGGUCAAGCUGUCACCUUUGAGCUGGCGUUUUCUCCUAAAUCCUCCCUCAAGCCCUCGUCUCCCGGAUUCACUUCUAAAGAAGGGGGGCCGUCUAUUGACCCGACACCAACUAUUUACCCAACAGCCACUGGCACUCCCAAUCGAUCCAACGGGCCUCUCGUUGAGAGUGCGCUUUACAGGGACUGUAACCUGGCUCUCAACAAUAUCCUUCUACUCGACUCUCGAACUGAACUCCCGCCUCAUAUCUCAACACUUGUCGAAUCCCUCAAGAAAGGUCGAUCUUCCCCUGAGCCUAUGCCCCAAGAUAACGAUGAUCUCUAUGACAUGGAGGCAGGUGCCAGUGAAGCAAAGGUCGAAGACUUUGUUCGAAACAACUUCAUUCCCCCUAGGUCCGGCAUAGAUAAGAUCAAGCGCAGCGAUCGUGUCUUUGUAGGUAGGGCCAUUAUUCCUAUCACUAGUCCCUAUGCGAGAAUCAGUAUUCCUGUUCCCGAUCUCCUAUACGGGUACCGCUUGUCUGCCUUCGAACAGGACCAGCGAAUGCAGAUCGCUACAUGUGGUAACUUUGCGUUCGCAAACAGCGAAGGCCUCAUCUUUCCCUUCUUCGCAGUCGAGUUCAAAGGCGACGGACCAUCCAGCAAAGGUAGUCUCUAG